GUCUCGCGGAUACGUGGCAGGUUUGCUUCGACAGGUUGAGAAGAUGAAUUGUGACCCGGAAGUACUUUUCAGCAGCCCCAACAAGAGGCUGUUCUGUUAGCUAGCUAGUUGUGUUAACCAAGUCGGGAAGUUGCAUUAUAAUUAUUGACAGCUGAAUCUGGAAGAAAUGAUGUGGGGUAAAAGAUGUUUGCAAGUGAAUGUUUACAUGUCAGGAUUCCGCAUUUGUGAAUUUUGAGAGCCGGGCAGUUGCCGAAGCUAGUUAGCUUAGCUUAGCUAAUCGAGGCCAGAGGCUGUAACGUCCGUGUUUAGUUAACGUGGAUGUUUGGAAGCGAGCUGAACUGCUACCAGAACAGGGACGUUUAUUAAAUGUACAGCUAUUGUUAACCAAGCUGCAUGCCGGGGCAUGUAAUUUAACUUGACGAGCACGGCUAAAGUGCGUGUUAAGAGCGAUUGUAGCUAGGUGGAGGUUGGUGUUGAUGUUUUAGCUUAGCAGAAGAUUAGCCGAAGAGAAAAGUGCAGCCAUGGACGAUUUUAGCUCUAUCAGCCUGCUGUCUCUUGCGAUGUUGGUGGGAUGUUAUGUGGCCGGGACAAUACCUUUAGCAGUCAACUUUUCAGAGGAAAGGCUGAAGCUGAUCACUGUGCUGGGAGCAGGGCUGCUGUGUGGGACUGCACUGGCUGUUAUCAUCCCUGAGGGGGUCCACGCACUUUAUGAAGAAGUCCUUGAAGGUGUACACCACAGCCAUGGCCAGGUUGGAGUCGUGGAGGUGUCUGAGGCGAAGGGCGACGCAGACGCGGCCCUGGGGAGUGCCAGCGGGAAGCAUGAGCACAGUCACGAGCAGCUUCACGCCUGCAUCGGCGUGUCUCUGGUCCUGGGCUUCGUCUUUAUGCUGCUGGUGGACCAGAUAGGCAGCUCUCAUGUGCACAGCACCGAAGAUCCAGAGUCAGCAAGGGCCGCCUCUUCAAAGAUCACCACCACCCUGGGUCUGGUGGUCCACGCUGCAGCUGAUGGAGUGGCUUUGGGUGCUGCUGCCUCCACCUCUCAGACCAGCGUCCAGCUCAUUGUCUUUGUAGCGAUCAUGCUGCAUAAGGCUCCAGCUGCGUUCGGUCUGGUUUCGUUCCUGAUGCAUGCUGGUCUCGAGAGGAACCGCAUCCGCAAACAUCUGCUGGUCUUUGCCCUGGCAGCGCCUGUCCUCUCCAUGCUCACCUUUUUAGGCCUCAGUCAGAGCAGCAAGGAGGCCCUGUCAGACUUCAACGCGACCGGAGUCGCCAUGCUCUUCUCCGCCGGCACCUUCCUCUACGUGGCCACCGUCCACGUCCUCCCUGAGGUCGGGGGCGGCGGCCACAGCCACGCCCCCACGGGAGGCAACGGGGGCAAAGGACUGAGCAAGGUAGAGGUGGGAGCUCUGGUGCUGGGCUGCCUCAUUCCUCUGGUGCUGUCCGUCGGUCACCACCAUUAGACCCCAGCGUCCAGGACGGAUUCCAGACCGGUGUA